UGGUUUGCAAGGCCGCCGUACGAGCAAGAAUCGCCAUGCAUCAGUAAUGCCUCCUUUCCUGCCAUGCAUCGCGCCGCCUGGAGUUGGGCGCUGGCCGCAGCAGGCGAGAUGCUCUUUCCGGACUACGUGCCUUGGCUCGCAGAACAGGAGAACUGCCUACCGGAGGCUCUGGAGGAGGAGCCUGUCGCUGCUGACCAGCUGAAGGACGUGCUCCCCGGAUUGGCCGACCCCUCUGGUCUCGUGGUCUUCACUGUUUUCGUCAACACCAACGACAGGAAAGAGGCGAAGCGCUUCGCCCAGCAGCUCGGGGACUGGAUGUGCCGCGUGAGGGCGUUGCUGGGUGGCUCCUUCCUCGCGAUCGUGGACUCCGAGCAAGCGAAGCGACGCUGGGAGAGCGAGUUCGGCGUGUCGGCCUUCUACUCUGAGAGGUGGAUAGAGGAGUCCUUCAGAGGCAGAGGACAUGGCGAAAGACAUGACUCGAAUUACUGGCGCUGGGUUGCGAUGGAGUCCAUUCUGGGGGCUGGGUACAGCGCUUUCUACGUGGACACGGACAUCAUGUGGCUACAGGAUCCUAGACCACACCUCGCAGAACUUUCUGGGGACUUCUUUGGUUCAUGCGACGCCUACGAUGCCAGAAGUGGCACUAUCAGGUGGCACCGCAACGGGUCCCUCGACAUGGAGCAGCUCCGCCGGGAGUCCCGGGAGCACGAGGAUGAGUCGGUCUGCUGCCAGGGCGCGCUGCUGCCAGUGAAUGCCGGCAUGGUGAUGAUGAGGCCGACGGCUGGGGCGCUGCGUGUGGCGCGGCGCUGCCGGGAGCGAGUGCUGGCGGGGCCCUGCUGGGGCCAAGCGGCCAUGCACUGGGCGCUCUUCGAGCUCUGCGGCGGCGUCAGCUGCGGGGUGCUGGACCCAAAGCUCUUCGCCUCGGCCGCGCCGCUGCGACAGGCGCUGAAGCCACACGCCGCCCAGGCGCAGGUGGCGACGCCAGCCCUGCCUCUUGGUAGCCAAGAGGGCUUGCGCUUUUCGCUGAUGAUGGGCAUGCUCGCUGGCUGUUGAGCCAAUCGCCGCUUCCAGACUUUGACACUCUUCCAGGUCAAUGAAUCAC